CUCUGUAUUAGAAUUGCCCCACGAACUCCCAUCUCCCUCUAUUUUUCGUCCUGGCCUCCUUUCCUGAAUUGAUGAACCCCACGUGUCUGCAUUCUGCAUUUCGAGAGGGAGGGCGAAGCCGCCGCCGCCGCCCCUUUCUCGCCUCUCCUCCUCCCCGCCAGGCCGGAGCGCGGAGCGGGCGAGGGCGAGGGCGAGGGCGAGGGCGAUGGCGGCGCCCGCCUGGGCCGAGGGCGUCGCGUCCCGCCUGGCGCGGCAGGAGCAGGAGGUCCGCGGCUUGGCGGCCGAGAUCGCGCGCCUGAAGGAGCCGGAGCGCUGGCCCGACGGCGGCCUGGCCGGGCCUCCAAUGCCGGAGGCGAGCCCGGGGCUGCGGGCGCUGCGGGCCGAGAACGAGAAGCUCCGCUACCGCCUGGGGCACCUGCGGCGGAGCCUCGGAGCAGAGCUGGCCCGCGCCGGGACCAGGCCUCCGCCGGAGCCCCGGCCAGAGCCGCCUCGGGCGGCCGCGCAGGUGGGUGAGGAGAAGGCGGCCUGGCGGGGGGCGGGCGGGGAGAGAGCGGAGUCCCGUUCGGGUCAGGCGCGCCUCGGGUCCGCCGGGGCUCCCUUCGGAGGGCCAGCCGGGAAGGGGCCCCGGGUCACCUGGCGCGUCUCGGCUGGAGCAUCGGGGAGAGGAGGGCGGCGUCCCGGCGCGCUCCCCUUCUGCUCUGUAGCUGGAGCGGCGGGCAGGCUUGGGCAGGGGCGCGCACUUGCUUCCAAGGGAAGGGCGUGCAAAGCCGCAAUCCCAUACCAACAGUGACAGGAUGAUUGCAGCAAAAGUGGGGCGCCACUCUGUCGAGCCGCGGCAAGAUUCCUGGGGGUCCCGGGCGCUCCCUGGGGGUCUGCAGUCCUUUGGAGAAUUGAGACAGGGCGGAGACUGUCGUGGCUUUAAGAAUGAUGGUUUAUUCCCCUAUUUACACCUUUGGUGUGCAUGGAGGGAGUCCCGAUCUUACAGCAUGGUCCUCUCAAGAGGGGCUCGACCCCCAAGGCGUCGCUCCCAGCCUGCCUGCAGCCAGCCUGCCCAAGAUGGAUCCCACUCUUUAUUCCUCCUUCUUCCCAGAACACUUUGCUCAAAACCUCUCUUUUCCUGUCAUCUCCAACACACCUUGGCAACUUUUAUCUCCCUGGGCCAUCUUGUCCUGUUAACAGAUUUUCUCUUUGCUAGGCCAGCCUUGUCUGGCAGUGUUCUGCAGCUUGUACUUUCAUCCACAUCCCAAUUAAUCAAAAUCCUACCAUUUAUUAAUUUCUAGGGUUUAGGGGCCCCCCAAAACCUAUAACAUUAUAUACAUAUCCACCCCCACCCCCUUUAUCUUCCCCAGCUGCAAUAACAUGUCUCUUCCAUAUUGAUCUCUACAGGCACAGCAGGCCCUGUAACGGUUAAUGACUGAUCUGAAGUACAGUAUCUCUAGAAUACAUGGUACUUUAGUAAUGUAAUUGGCAUUACAGUUCGGAGAUUUGAGCUUUGGAAAUUAAUUUCCUUGACUCCCUCUCUGUCUUUGUGUUUUUAAUUACUAAUUCUGACCACUUUUUUUGCUUUGACUUUAAUUCUGGCAUUUGGAUUGGCAAAUUUUUUUAUAUAAUGUAGUUCUACCUUUUCUUUACUUAGGAUCCUCCCAAUGCAAACCUUGCUGUUCAGCAGAGUAAACAUAAAAGGGAGAAGAAGGAAAGUCAAGCUGCUGAUGGAUGUAGAAGUGAGGUAUGUGAACUUUUUAGGGUGUCCAGGUAGCCACUCUUGGUAUUGUCUUUGUCUCUGUUGUGCCUGACUAGAUGAGACAGUGGGGAUCCUUGACCUUAACUUUCCUCUUUUUAGCUCAUGAGGCUCUUAAUCUCAGGUUGUGUGUUCAAGCACCAAGUUGGGCAAAAGGAUUCUGACACUGCAGAGGGUUGGAUGGAAUGGUCCUUGUGGUUCUUUCCAGUUCUACAAUUUUUGGAUUCAAGAAUAACUGCUGGGUGGGUAGAAGUCAUCAGGAAAACAGUGCUGGGAGGAAAGGAUCAAACCCUCUUCCCCAGUCUUGGAUCUUUUGCUUGGAGUAGUUUCCGUGCACAGCCUGAGGUGGUUGCAACCCGGGCACAGGUAUACCACUACAAUACAAAUUGUGACUUCAGGAGGUGGACUAUGAUUAUCUGCAGAUUCCCAGUUUUCAGUAAGUAGUCUUGAAGAUGAGCAGCAAUAAAUGGCAUUUGCUCUAUUCUGUGGAACUUAACCCUAAAACAUAUGAGCUUUACAAAUGUCCAGUGCUAUCCAAUAUAAGGACCAGCUAGCUAAAAAGAAGGCAUGAGUUAUCACUUAGCUAGGAUGAGAGUUAUAGGAGAUUCUAUAUCAUGGUCCAGAGGAGCUACACAUAUAGGAGGAUGGGAGCUGCAUGUACGGCUGGAGCUCACAUUUGUAUUUUUGCCUUUGCCAUUUCCAUUUGACAGGGAACAAUAUAAGCCACUUUUAGACUAAAUAAUGACUUUCCUUUUCAACUACAGCAGUUUGAAAAUGUCAUUUGGAAAUGUCAAAUGAAGUCCAAGCUGUUCACGAUUCUGACCCAUAUGUUUACAGCUACUAUUGAUACAGUCUAGAAAAGGUGUGAAAGUGAUUGGUGGUGGGAAUUUGCAGUGAAUGGGAGCUUCCAUGCAACUGUGCAGCUCCCAUUGGAACUUCCCUGUAUAGGUAAGUUAUUAAUGAUUGAUGUUUUAGUUUGUUUUUAUAGUUUGCUGGAAGCCGCCCAGAGUAACUGGUGCAACCCAGUCAAAUGGGUGACAUAUAGAUAUUAUUAUUAAUAAUAUUAAUAUUUCACAUGCGUUCUCCAUGCCCUAUUUGUGUUGAAAGCCUGCACUGACAUUCUGCCCUGCACACUUUUUAACAGCUACAGCAGGAACCAAGCUUCAUCAAAGAAAGGCUGAAGUUAUAUGAAGCACUGAAGAAAGAGCACGAUGCUCUCCUUGAUUCCAGAGCAUCCAGCCAAAGCAGACCUAUCAAAAUCACUCUUGUUGAUGGGAGGAAGAUGGAGGGGGAAUCCUGGAAAACAACUCCACAUCAGCUAGCUCUACGAAUUAGGUAAUUUUCCUUGCAGACAGGGUUUUUGUCAUCCUCAGAUGGCGCAGUGGGUCAGUGUGUCUGGCUGUUAACCAGAAGGAUAGUGUUUUGAGCCCACCCAGGGAUGGUGGUGGGCAGGAUUCCUGUGUUGCAGGGGGUUGGAUUAAUGAUUUUAUGUAUGCAUGUACACACAGAAAAAAGCACGUAGAGAGAAAUAUAUAAUAGCUGUGAUUAGAGAGGGGGAAAUGCUAAAAAUACUUUGUGUGCAAGUUAAAGCUUAAACUAUAUUUUUUUGCACAUCUAUUUUAUGUACAAUUAAGCUUUAACAUCUGUACCUUUCUCUCUGACCUACCAUCAAGCCCAUCUCUCAGCAACUAUAGAAUUAAAAGUUUGAUGGCCUCAAAAGGAGGACAUCUCUGGCAGGUUUUUUAGAGGUAACAUUUUUAGCAUGCCUUUGCUCUCUUUAGUCGCGGACUUGCUGAUAAUGCCAUCAUAGCCAAAGUGAAUGGGGAACUGUGGGAUUUAGAUCGGCCGAUGGAAAGAGACUCUUCCUUGGAGCUGCUCACCUUUGAUAGUGAAGAAGCUCAAGCUGUACGUAACUUUUUUUUUAUCUCUCUCUUUGUAAAAUAAUUUGAAAACAAAAGUCCUGAUCCAGCAAAGGAAAUCCUUGUACAGGCAGGGCUUUUUUUCAGCCGGAACGAGGUGGGUGCCAUUGCAGGCCAGCACACACACCCCCCGGCUUUCCCACUGGCUGCCUGGCAAUGGCACCAACUUCAGUAAAAUAUUGGGGGAGGCUGCCCCUCACUGGUAUGUCGCCAGGAGGGUGGGCAGUGAGAAGGAAGCCAGAGUCAAUCGAGGACAGCCCAGGAUGAGAGCCUGUGGCCCAUCAGAGGCUGCUCCACCUUCCUCCCUCACCUGGUGCUUUUGAGACCCAGGCAGCCGAGCUUCAGAGGCGAUGCUGCCCAGACUGGGGCUGGCACUGAGAGGCUGAGCUGGGACUUGCCAGGGGACGACAGCAGGCACAGUCCGCAUACUGCCCGCUCCUCUCCUCACCCAAAUGCCAGCAGGCACUGGCAGCCAGGUCCCCUCUGUGGAAUUUAGUAUGGUGAUGGCACAUAGCAGCAGUGUGGAAAUAGAGAAGGGAUGAUGGAAGUAAAAGGUUAUAUAUUGUAGACUAGGAUGUGAGCCAGCCUUAUCUAACUAUGUACAGGUGAUCAUGUAUGGCAUGGAUCAGGUAGAUCAGGACCAACUAAUAGAGCUCUGAGUGACGUGCAGCUGAUUGGAGUUUUUGAUCCCUAAUAUUUUAGCAAGUAAAAUUGAAACUAACCAAAAAAUAAUAAUCUGCUGUGAUAAUUUUCUAUCUCAACCUUGUUGUUCUUGACCUACAACACAUGAAUGCUAAGAGAUUGCUUUUGAUCAGGUAUUUUUGCUAGCUAAUUCUGUGUUUGAACCCCUGAUCUGAAGCAACUCAGAUAUACAAAUCUGCAUGUUAUCCCAGUAGUUGGUUCAAGGUGGCAAGUAGGUGAUUGGCUCUACUCUGUGAGUCAACAUUUUUCAUCUGGCUUGGUCGAUGGACCUUAGGGUUCAACGUGGGGGAACAGAUUGUGAAAUCUGCCCAUCUCUGAUACAUGGGGCAUGGUACAGGCAGAGGUUUCAUAUUGGAAAACGUAAAUAUUUGAUUGUGUGUUGCUCAGCUCUAAUCUAUCUGUGAGAGGAAUAGGGAACUUACUAAUAAUUAAUUGGCUCAUGAUCUAUUUUUUAUCUUUGCAUGCAGGUUUAUUGGCAUUCUAGUGCUCACGUUCUUGGAGAAGCAAUGGAAAAUUAUUAUGGUGGAUGCUUGUGCUAUGGACCUCCCAUUGAGAAUGGUUUUUAUUAUGACAUGUACAUUGAAAACAGGUAUUGUUUUGUCAACAAGUGUUGGCAUUUUGGAGUUGGUAUAGCACAAUUGAAGUGUAAACUUGGGUUUUAAUGUAACCUCUUCCUUAAAACUAUGUUAAAAUAUUUACUAUCUUCACCAUAGCAUCAGUACUCAGUAGCAGUAAUGUGUUCUGCAAAGGAGGUGUUUGUGCCUGUAUUUCCUUUCACCAGUGGAAAUGUAGAGGCAAAAUAUGACUAUUCUUAAUGAAAGAACCAUUGGUUAUAGAAUUUCAUACUCCAAAGCUGGCUGAAGCCAAUAUUUUUAUAUAGCAAAUCUUAGACAAUAUUAGCUUUACUUAGCAAAAUCAAGUGGUACGGAUGUGGAGAGUAUCAGUUGAGGCUGGAGGUGGGAUGUUGGAAUAGUUGCAUACUCUGUCCAACCAUGUGGCACCAUUUUUAAAAAGGAAAAGGAAAGGGUCCAGCUUAUACUCUUUGCUGACAUGCUAUUUUUCCCUAUGUGUUGGGAGCUAUUUUUUUAUUUUAAGGGGAAAUUGACGCAUGCAAAAUCUCCCCACCUGCAGGCUCAGAUGGUAGCCCAGGCAAAGUUUUGCCACUUGAAUGUCUUGAUUGCAUACAUUUUAAAAUGUAUUUUAUUUAUGAAAAUGCUUAUACCUUGCUUUUCCAACAAUAGUAUCCAAGGUGGUUUACAAUGAUCAAAGGCACUCCAGAACAAAAAUACAACAUACCACAGUAAGGUGUGCAGAGCAAAGCUAAGCGAGCUAAAUGGUCAUACAGAUGUGGAAAUAAACAAUUUUUUUCCUGGUGUCUAAACAUCAACCUUGCCACUGUCCCCAAAAUCCAAGAUGAUUAAAUCAAUAUUAAAAGUCUAUAUUGCUCAUUAAAAUGUUUGCCCUUUAAAUGCAUCAUUAUUUAUAUAUUUAAAUGUAUAGAAACUAAGGCUGCCACCUUAACCCCAGUUAUCUGGGAGGAAGCCCCGUUGCAUUCAGUGGUGCUUACUUCUGAGUAGACAUGGUUAGGGCUGCGCUGCAUGUUUAUAAUUUAAAGGAACUUUAGUCAUAAAUAAGACCAUCUUCUUUAAACUGCCAUACAAUGGUGAAAAAAAGAACUGCAUAGGAUUUUCAGCUUGUAAUGGAGGAUGAUAAACUUUCAUGCUGCUCUACAUGCUCUUUUACUUUAAGAUCAUUGGCCUUUCUUUUUUCUAGAGGUGUAUCUAGUACAGAAUUUCCAACACUGGAGAAUCUGUGUAAAAACAUCAUAAAAGAGAAGCAGCCUUUUGAAAGGCUAGAAGUUCGCAAAGAAAUCCUGCUGGAUAUGUUUAAGGUAAGUCUCUGGGUUUGCUAAUGUUCAAAAUCGUCCACUGCAAACGUUGCUCUGAACUUUGGAAUCUGAAGACUAGUACUUGCUCAUGCUGGCUGUUUCCACAGCAUGUAAAUGCAGAUACUCCCUCAAAACCAUUGACUUUCCACAGUCAGGGGUGCAAGGGAGACAGCAGGCAGGAAAGGGGAAAAUAUUUUCAAUGGUGCUUUUCUCCUUUCUUAACAGAUAGCGAACCUGGGGCUCUUCCAGCGUUGUUGGACUUCCAGCUUACAUCACCCCCCCUCCCAGCAUAGUCAGUGGGCAGAGAUGGUGGGAGUUUGAGCCCAACAACUUAUGGAGGGCCACAGGUUCCCCAUCCCACUCUAGGGAUAAUAGUGUUUUCUUCUCAAUUGUCUGUUUCCUCUUCUCUGCCCAACAGGCUGCAAACCAUUUUUUAUGCUCCUUGCUCUGCAUAUCAAGUACAUGCCCACAGUACUCUUCCUUAGCCCUGUCCUACAAAGUCUCUUUUCCCCCUGAAAUGUUGCUUGGGGCAGGAAGAGAAAGUCACUGUGAGUGGCCGUGUGUAGCUUAAGCCUGUAGUUAUUUCAGAGCAGCAGCUUCUGUUAGCAGUUCUUGGUUUGAGAAGCAGGAGACUGCUUUAGCCUGCAGUUACUUUGGCCCUGGUGACCUCACCAUCUUCUUUAAUUCGUGAUGAAAUUGUGUCCUGAAAGAAGCUGUGCUUAAUAUAGCUAAUAUGCAGCCAAACCAUCUCUUCCCUGUCUAGCUUCCCCUGCAUGUUUCAUAACAUACUCUCUGGCUGGUAGGAAUGUCAAUCUUCCCAGGCUAUGUCUGAAGAAAGGACUCAAGAAGUUCUUAACAAGGCAUCCAGAAAUCUUGCAAGCGCUGCACAAUAAGGCGGCUACUGUGCCCAUUUUAAAUAAGAAUGUAGGAGGGACCGUAUUCUAGAGGCAGAAGGUCCUAGGCUCAAUCUCUGACAUUUUCAAUUACAAAAGGAUAUGGAGUAACUGUAGGUAUAUGUGAAACGGAAACUAGUAAAAGGUAAAGGUAAAGGUACCCCUGCCCGUACGGGCCAGUCUUGACAGACUCUAGGGUUGUGCGCUCAUCUCACUCUAGAGGCCAGGAGCCAGCGCUGUCCGCAGACACUUCCGGGUCACGUGGCCAGCGUGACAAAGCUGCUCCGGCGAACCGGCACCAGAGCAGCACACGGAAACGCCGUUUACCUUCCCGCUAUACAGCGGUACCUAUUUAUCUACUUGCACUUAAGAGUGCUUUCGAACUGCUAGGUGGGCAGGAGCUGGGACCGAACGACGGGAGCUCACCCCACUGCGGGGAUUCGAACCGCCGACCAUGCGAUCGGCAAGCCCUAGGUGCUGAGGUUUUACCCACAGCGCCACCCGCGUCCCUAGUAGCCAUUCCUUAUCUGCACAGUGCAAUGUAAACAAUCUAGAAGCAGGUGGCUUCAGGGUCAGAAGCAUGAGGUUCUGCACAGUGUCUCUUUGGGCCUAUAUACAGAGACUGAGAUAAAGAGCUGAGUUUGUUCAUUUCUCUCGCUCUUCUCUUCUCCCUGCUGGGAGGGGGAGAACCAUCUCCAGAUACAGACCGUCCUAGCAGCAUUGCUAGUGACUGAUUUAUGGGCCAAUGAUGUACAGAAACAUUAAGCUGUAAGCGGGCAAUAAACCUUACUGCCUGAACCAUGGGCAUGAAGUUAGUUUAUUGCAUCAGUGAUUGUCUCCGCAAAAGGCUUGACAACUUGCAGAGUGAAGCACGCAGAGGAACAUGCAGGACACCUUGUGAGUUUGAAAAGAUGCUCACAAAGAUUCAACAGUAACACCCUGGAGCUUCUGCUUGUCAGAAUAGGAAGUGAGGUAGGCCAGUGGUCUGCCAGAAUAAGGCAGCCCAGACUGCAACUCCCAUCAUGCCUGACCAUUGGCCACACUCAGUAGAGGUGAUAAGAGUUGUAUGACAUCUCCAGGGCACCAGGUUGCAGAAGGCUAGUAUAUGGCUUCAUGCUUGUUCAAGAAAAUUCAAAUUCUCAUUUUGUUUCCUCCCUUACCUUUUUGCUCCUCUUCUGCAUAGUAUAACCAGUUUAAAUGCCGAAUUUUGAAUGACAAGGUUGACACACCAACAACUACAGUGUACAGGUAAAAGGAUGCGCAGUUUUGACUCAAACUUUCAAAUGUGCUAUUUUUUUAAAUACUUAGGAAGAAGGCAUUUGUAAGAUGUAUGUAAUUUUAAAUUUUGAGAGAAAAUUAUAUGCUCAAAUUUAGAAAAAAAAUAUACUGUAUAUAUAAUGAGAACAUAGUUGCUUUAUUAUUAUUGCUUAUAACAUACAUCAUGGAGGAGGGAACAAGCUUGUUUUCUCCUGAUCUGGAGGGUAGUACCGUACCCAAACCAGUGGCUUCAAGUUACAUGAAAGGUGAUUCCAACUAAACAUCAGGGAAAACUUUCUGACAGUAAGAGCUGUUUGGCAGUGGAACAGUCUCCCUCAGGGGGUUGUGGACUCCCCUUCCUUGGAGGUUUUUAAGCAGAAUGGCCAUCUGACAUGGAUGCUUUGACUCAGAUUCCCACGUUGCAGGGGGUUGGACUAGAUGACCCCCCAAGGUCCCUUCCAACUCUACAAUUCUAUGAUGAUUCUUUGAUCACACCAUCAGUGUACAUGGUGCAUCAUGGUGCAAAAGGCAGGUUGCUGCUGCACAGAUCUGACAGUCUAAACUCUACAAAAGGAGGUUCAAGUGAGGCAAGGAUCAGUAUAGUGGUACCUCGGGUUACGUAUGCUUCAGGUUACAGAUGCUUCAGGUUACAGACUCCGCUAACCCAGAAAUAGUACCUCAGGUUAAGAACUUUGCUUCAGGAUGAGAACAGAAAUUGUGCAGCAGCGGCAGCAGGAGGCGCCAUUAGCUAAAGUGGUGCUUCAGGUUAAGAACAGUUUCAUGAAGUUCUUUUGUUUCAAUUAAACAUAUAAUCUGUAAUAUACAAUAUACACAUACAGGUUCAUACAUCAUGCUAAAGGGAAGCAUAACAAAGAUUCAUUAUGAUCCCUACGUCAACAGUUUGUGCAAUGCAAUCAGAAAUGGAAGCUAUGGUUUGAGGUGGAUUUUGUAGACAGUGGUUUUGAGCUGUAUUUUGGAAUGUCUGAAUUGAAAAGCUGUAGUAUAAGCUGUUGCUCCACCUUAGAAGCUGCUGCGCCAUGGAGAGGUGCACAUCUGAGAACAAGCACUGCAAGGAUGCAAAACAAAAGCAAACAAGCAACCAUAAAGCACGGUUCCCAGUUAUAUUUUUGGAAGCACAAACCAUGGCUUGAUGUGAUGCCUCAGGUUCAUUUUAAGUGCAAGGAGUUCAGAUUAACACAACUGCAUGUGUGACAAAGUUCAGAGUGGAUUACCUGUUGAUUGGCUAUAGACUUAAAUGAACUGGGAACCUGAUUUUUUCUAAUUGCAUCUUAACCUUUAUAAUCUAAUAGGUGUGGUCCGCUGAUUGAUUUAUGCAGAGGCCCUCACGUGAGGCAUACUGGAAAAAUUAAGGCCUUAAAGAUUUUCAAGGUAAGCAAGCCCUUUAAAGAUUAGGAUUUUCAAGAGUGAAACACCCUUAUAGCAGGGAGUAAGCUCCCUUGUGUUGAAAUGGGGUUGCUUCGUAGUAAACUUGGACUGUACAUCAAAUACAGUGGUGCCCCGCAAGACGAAUGCCUCGCUAGACGAAAGAGUUUUCCGUUUUUUGAGUCGUUUCGCAAGACGAAUUUCCCUAUGGGCUUGCUUCGCAAGACGAAACGUCUUGCGAGUUCUUGUGAGUUUGUUUCCUUUUUCUUAAAGCCACUAAGCCGUUAAUAGCCGCUAAUAGCCGUGCUUCGCAAGACGGAAAAACCGCAAGAUGCAGAGACUUGCGGAACGGAUUCAUUUCGUCUUGCGAGGCACCACUGUAAUAUGGAAUGCAGUUUGUAUGGUACUGUGUCCACUCAUCUUCCAAAGGCUGUUGUAUUGCUUGGCUGUUUAAACACUUUUUUCUAUUUCAGAACAAACAAAUAAUAAUAUUGCCUCAGCUUUGCAAUCCCUAUUACUACAGUGGUACCUCGGGUUAGAGACGCUUCAGGUUACAGAUGCUUCAGGUUACAGACUCCGCUAACCCAGAAAUAGUACCUCGGGUUAAGAACUUUGCUUCAGGAUGAGAACAGAAAUUGAACGGUGGUGGCACAACCCAUUAGCUAAAGUGGUGCCUCAGGUUAAGAACAGUUUCAAGUUAAGAAUGGACCUCCAGAACAAAUUAGGUUCUUUUUUUAUAUAAUUAUUUUUAUUAAGUUUUCCAUUUUAACAAUCCAAUCAGAUCAGAUUAAAUAUUCCAAAUUAUACAAAUACAUAUCAUAAAGUCCAAAUAUUUUGCCAAAUUAUAAUUUUUUUGUUGGGGCUUCCCAUGCUUCAAGUUCAGUGGGGUCCAACCAUAUUAUGUUUUUACUUCCUUGAGUUUCCAAUAGUCCUUUGUUUAAAUCCUCCUGUUGUUAUCCUCCUUCUUUCUUUCAUGGCCUCUGAGUUAUUUUCACAGGCGAGUUGAAGUGAACGAUAAUAUACUUCUGUGUGAACUUUCUAUGACUCUCCCUUUUUUUUUUUUUUUUGCAGCUGGUAAGUCUGUUAUUUGCAGUAUGUCCUCACACGCUGAUGUUUACGCUAAAGCAAUCCAAAAGUCCUUCUCUGGUGGCAGAUGCCAUCUUCUCUUAGUUCUGAUGAAAUAAAAUCUAGGCAUUUGCUCGUUAAUUUUCUCAGACUGGUUGCAUCAAACAUUAGUCUUUCCAGGGGAGGUUUGCCAAAUCGGACUUAAAGUAAAGAUAUAACAACAAAUUAAGAGCUUGCCUCCCCCUGUCUCUGCAAUACAGUCUAUCCCAUAAUGGUGGAUCCCAAUUAAAUAGUGCGUCACAGGAGAGUCUUUUAUCUUCUUCCGAAUAUUUCAAAGAACAAAGGCUUUAAUUAGUAUUGUUAUUUCCACACAGUUUAUAUUUUCCAAUCUCACUUGCUAUAAGUAAUGUAGAUGGUUCUUGGGGGGGGGUUGUUAGGUAUUAUUGUAGUAGAAAAAGAAAAAGUUUUAUCCCCCCUCCUUUCCAUUCCGUUCCAACAUACCGGCUUAGAUCUUAUUCUUUGAUGUUAUCUUUCUUCCUCUCCAUCACUCUUGGCUCCUCAGUGGCUGGCUUAAUUGGCAGAUUAAUUACCCUUUCUUCACCCGAAGCAUGUCCAAGAUCUUAAAUCAAAUUUUUUAUCUUAAGAAAUGGAACUGGGAGCGCUCAUGAAGACAGCGUCCAGGAGAUCCGAACACCCUCGAGGGUUUUCCAUCCAGUGCCCCCAACCCCUCCUUCUUUACGAACUCGGGCGUGGUUUGUGGGUAUCCGCAGAUGAGACUGCAUCUUCCCUUCCACCGGGAAGAAUUUGGGAGGCUGAUUACUCCCAUUUCAGCCUCUAAAUUGCCUUGUGGGAGCUAGAGAGAUGCUAUUGUCAGCCAUCUUUUGUGGCGUCCCUAGCGGAGCCCCACGAAUUAAGUUCUUAACCCAAGGUACCACUGUAUAUUAAACAUUGUUUUUUUGAGGUGGGGACUUUUCGUAUUGAUAGAAUUGAAUGUGGUGGUUGAUGUGUAAACCACUGAAUUGUUAUUUUCAAAAUACUUUUGUUGAGUUUUUUAAGGAAAAUAGAAAGAAACAAGACACAGGGUCAAAGAGAAACGGACCGGGGGGGGGGGGGAGAAGCAAAUAAUAACCAGUACCUUCACAAACAGGAGGGGGGAAACUUGCAGUGUAUAUUUGUAUAAAUGGUUGGUCAUAGCAGAGUUAUGAUAUAUAUACAUUUAUCAUUAUGUUUGCUGGCUUGUUACGAAAAACAAAUAUAAGAACCCCACUUUCUGUUCUUGGAAUCACAAGAUCCAUAUCUUGGCAUAUGCCGAAGGAACCAUCUGGCCACGAGCUUCCUAAUUUGUAUAUGAAAUAAAAUGAUACCAUUUGGCAAAAGAAAAGUUAUUUGUAGUUGGUCCUCUGGGUACUUUUAGUUUAAUGAGAAAUCUUUUUGAGGAGCACUGUCUGCCAUACUUUUGUAAACCAGUAUUCUAAAGUAGGCAAACCAAAUGUCUUCCAAGAUUUUGCGAAAGCUGCCUGUGUAGUGUUAAUAAAUGUAAGGUAAGCUCUUUACUUUGUAAAUCUGCUUCCUUCUCUGUGAUUCAAUAAUAGAAAUAAAGCGAUGGAGUUACUGUCUGGUUUGUAAUUAAAGAAAUGGUCACUGAAGAAUUUACACCAAAAUUCUGCAACCUUAGGGCAGUCCCGCCACAUGUCUCUGUAAAGGUAAAGGGACCCCUGACCAUUAGGUCCAGUCAUGACCGACUCUGGGGUUGCGCGCUCAUCUCGCUCUAUAGGCCAAGGGAGCUGGAGUACAGCUUCCGGGUUUGUGGCCAGCAUGACUAAGCCGCUUCUGGCGAACCAGAGCAGCGCACGGAAAUGCCGUUUACCUUCCCGCUGGAGCAGUACCUAUUUAUCUACUUGCACUUUGACAUGCUUUCGAGCUGCUAGGUUGGCAGGAGCAGGGACCGAGCAACGGGAGCUCACCCCGUCGUGGGGAUUCGAACCGCCGACCUUUUGAUCGGCAAGUCCUAGGCUCUGUGGUUUAACCCACAGCGCCACCCGCAUCCCACAUGUGUCUAUAGGUGCCAGUAAUUUAACACCCCUCCAGCACAUGGGUGAGCUGCUGGCCACACAAGGUAAAUGAAAGCUGCCUAGGCAUAAAGUACCAGCCAUGAACUGGCUCUUGUUUGAGCAGACAGAAGCCAAAAUUCUUUCCACCACUCCUCUUCCACUGGAGUAUCCCAACUGAGUUCUCACCAGAGUCUCUGAUUCUGAGCAGAAUGAAAUGAAAUAUUUAUUAACAUUUCAUGUAAUAAAGAAAUCAAACCUUUUAAAUGAUUAUUUACUGAAUUGAGUUCACAUCAACUUGUAAGCCUGAGAGAAAAGAUCUAACCCUAAAAGCUUCAAGUGACAAAUUUCUUUGUAAACCUUUAGCUAGUGUCUGCUGCAGAAGGUUUCUUCUAGGUAUUCUUGUAACCUUUGAGACAUCUGUCACCUCAGUAGGUGUGAGCCACUAAUUUAUUUGGGCAGAUGGGAUCCCUGGUGACUUGGUCGCUCCCAGCUCUUCUUUGAGCUUCCCUGCAGAAAAGGUGGGUUUGGAGGGAGAGCAUCUCACAGGAGCUUUCAGAGGAAGUUCCAAGCAUAUGGGGGCAGCAGGAGACCUAAAGGAAUGAAUAUCACUGUCAGCCUGUAUUCAGUGGGGCUUAAGCAGAAGUAAAUAAUGCACAGGAUUGCAGGCUUAGUUUCAUAAAGAAUUACUGGGCAAUCUGAGAUGGUUUAUUUCCCACAAAUGGCUCAGAUUACAUUUUUUUCUUGCAAUGUACUUACAUUUGGGGUACCUCUUUCAACAACAGAAUUCCUCCACUUAUUGGGAGGGAAAGGCUGACAUGGAAACACUGCAGAGAAUUUAUGGAAUAUCUUUUCCGGAAAACAAAAUGAUGAAAGAGUGGGAGAAGGUCCAGGAGGAAGCCAAAAAUCGUGAUCACAGGAAAAUUGGCAAAGUAUGGUUUGUAUGCAUUCUCUUGGCUUUGAAACCUUUUUUAUCUAAGACUAACAGAUUUAUUGCAGCAGAAGCCUUUGUGGACUAGUUUCUUUGUCAGAUGCAAUACAUAUGCAACAAAUGCAGCAAUAAAUGUUGGUUUUUAAUGUGACAUACGAGUCCUUUUAUUGUUUUUGGCUCCCUAGAACUGUUAAAAGUGUACACUGCAGAACAGUUGCCGUGUUUUCAGGAGCGGGGGCUGACUCAAGACUGAAACAAUUGGCAGUCCAGCAUUGUGCAGCUGUGUUCAACUGUGAAGCAGCUUUCUGACAUGAGGGUUAAAAGAGAAGCAAGGUGGAGGAACCUUUUUGGCUCUCUUAUCCAGAUCUGUCUUGAGGGCCAAAUCUGACCCCAUAUGCAAUAUAUAUUGAAGUCUUGAAGUAGGGAUUUCAAAGCACCUUGCAAGGUGCUGCUGAAAGGGAAAGUUUUUGACAGCAGAGAGUGGAAAUCCACCUCCAUGACAGCUUGAUUUCACUGUAGAAAAAUAAGUCAGUUGAAUGACAUGUUUGCAUUGCAUGACUGCACAGAAUAAUGAUUAUUUGUCGUUGUCUUCUUUUUGUUAAAUAAUUUUUUAUUCUUUUUCACAAUUUAAUUCCACAUUAACAUUAGUAAAAAAGAACAUUUUUACCCCCCCCCAUCCCCAUGUACAGCAGUAUAUUUUCAAAACCUUUUUUUCCGAGAUUCCAGGAAUCUCUGGACUUCCCUCCACCCCCUCUUCUGGUUCUUUAUAUAAACAAAAUUCUCUUACAUUUCCAUUUCCAUUUAUCCAAUUUUCUAAUAAUUACCUGUAGUUAAUCAAAACUUACUAACACUUCAAAUCAUUUACACUUCAAAUCAUUAACACAGAUGUUAUUUAAGCAUCUAGAGUUUCAUUUAAAACAACUUUCUGCAUUCCACAUCUGUGUUUAACUAUUUUUUUUCCUUCUAAUUUUAUCCCCAUCUCUACUAAUUGCAAGCGUUUAAUCAAAGCCUGGUAAUGUAAUAAUAAUAAUAAUAAUAAUAAUAAUAAUAAUAAUUUUUUAUUUAUACCCCGCCCUCCCCAGCCUCAGAGCAGCUUACAAGCAAUAAUAAAAACAAGAUGAAUGAAUACAAACUUAAAAACAAGAUUAAAAUACAACAUUAAAAUAUUGAAACAUUAAAAUGCAGCCUCAUCAGAGGAGGAGAAAGGAAAAAGAAAGAGAGGAGGAGGGAAUCAAAUUGGCUCCUAGCCAAAGGCCAGGUGGAACAACUCUGUCUUACAGGCCCUGCGGAAAGAAAUCAGAUCCUGCAGGGCCCUGGUCUCAUGAGGCAGAGCGUUCCACCAGGCUGGAGCCAUCACUGAAAAGGCCCUGGCUCUGGUUGAAGCCAAUCUAACUUCCUUAGGGCCUGGGACCUCUAGGGUGUUGCUGUUUAUGGACCUUGAGGCUCUCCGUGGGGCAGACCGGGAGAGGCGGUCCCGUAGGUACGAGGGUCCUAGGCCGUGAAGGGCUUGAAAGGUCAAAAGCAGCACCUUAAAUCUGACCCUGUACUCCACCGGGAGCCAGUGCAGCUUAUAAAUAUGCCUUAUAAAUAGGCAUAUCAACCUCCCUUUCCAGAUUUUUUUCUACAAUAUCUACAAUAUUUUGCACAUAAACAAUAACUUUUUCCAAGACCAUUUCCCAUUCUUUUUCCUAACUUUGGCGUACUUAAAUUUCAUCAGAAAACAUCUGUCAGUUGAGGCAAGUUCCAGCUCGCCUUUCCUCCAAACUUCUCUCAGUCUCAGAGGUUGUACUGUCACCAAGGCCUCCUCAAGGGUUUUCUGCCUAAACCACAAAACUUCCAAAUCUACCCUGUUCUUUUGGACUUCAUAUCAGUCAUCUUUUCCCAGUGUUCAGGCUUCCUUUCCAACUUUUGCCUAGGAAUAUCCCCUUCCUCAGUUCUCCCUGUCCAAGACUCUAUUGUUUCAAUCGGUUCUGUCACCCUUUUAAUGCUUUGAUCCAUUCAGGUUGUAAACUCCUCUGUUAUUUUAGCCAUAAUUUCCCUCAUCUCUUUCAUGAAAUCUUUUUCUAAUUCAGACUGAGGUUUAUCCCCCGGGUCCUGUGCUUGGGCCCUUCUAUUCAGACUCAACUCUGACUGUUUAAUCACUGUCAUAUUUUUGUCUUUCUGUUGUUCUCAAAACAUCCAGUUUUCACCACCACCUUAUCAGUUUCAAGGCCAUUCAGUGUAAGUUCCCAAUAAACAGUAAACAGUUUCUGUGCUUUCUCACUGCCCCCCUUCUUUAGACCCGUUUAUACACAUAUGCAAUUUAACAUAAAAACUAAAUUUAAAGUUGAUAUUCAUAUAUUACAAAUAUCUACCUUAAAGAAGAGACUGAAACAAUAUAUCCAUAAGAAUUACCACUUAAUUGUCCAGGAGAGAGAGUAGAAUGUAGAGUUGCAGCACUUGAAGAUCCUUAUAAAUGGGCAUAUCAACCUCCCUUUCCAGAUUUUUUUCUCCUUAAAAUUCCAAUUUAUAUACAGGAAAUCGAGUUCAGUGCUCUGUAAAUCCCUCCAGCCAAGAUAUGUCUAUCUUACAAUUCCCCCAACAGAGUACUUUAAUUGUCUUAAUCCAAAUUUCCUCUGCUGAGUUCCGUUUUAACGGCAGCUGCAGUCCAAAAUCCAGUUUCCUCUUUUAUACUCCAGUAUCGAUAACAAGCCAAGAAGAGUGGAUUUCAGUUGCCUUAACCUUUCCUCCCUGCAACUGAGGAAAGCUUUGGAAGGGCUGCGUAAGGGCUCUCAGGUGUUGUCAGAGUCCUGGCACUACCUUCCCUUUUCCAUACACAAAUACCAAGUCUUUAAAAUCCCGUAGCAAUGUCAAACAAUAAAGAAUGGGUUUCAGUUGCUUUGAAUUCUCCCAUCAGCAGGCCCACACCGUAAAUAUCAAAUAAGAUAAAGUUUUCCACUUGCAAUUUUUUCCAUGUACAGUUAAUUACCCAGAAGAUGAAGAACGGACUUCCUUUUUAAUCCUUCGUCUGGCACCGAAUUAAGCUUAAUUAAUUUCAAUAGUGAAUCUUCUUACAUUUCCAUCGGCUUGAAUGUUGGUUAUGGAAAAUCUCUGCUGGUGGCCGAAGCGUUAAGGCUUCGCUCCCGCGGAGAUGCAUUGCUGCCAAGGCUGCACUCAGUCCCGCCUCUUCGGCGCAGGAGCCUGGGAAUUGCAGGAGAGCUCUUUGCAAUCUGCUGGACCCCUCGACGUCUUGAGGACCCUCUCAAGACUUUUGGGGGGGGUACGCCUCGCCUUGGCAUUUCCCCCGACUCUCCAUGGGGCUCAGAUCUGUCAGAGCGAUCAGAUCUGUGCUCCGUUCGCCAUCUUGCAGAGACAAGAAGCCUCAUUUCUGUCUUCUUUUAACUUCUGAUGUUUGAUUGUGUGGAUACAGGAACAAGAACUCUUCUUCUUCCAUGAACUGAGUCCAGGAAGUUGUUUCUUUCUGCCCAGAGGUGCCUUUAUUUAUAAUAUACUCAUGGAUUUUAUCAAAGUAAGUGACAUUUACUAAUUUGAAAUUGUUAUAAAAUAUUUUUUUCCCUGCAGAGAAAUGGACAUUGGUUGCUACUUUUUUAUUUAAUUAUAUGGUUGUUAUGGCCUGGAUCUUUAUUUAACCCAAACAGUGUUGCCCACCUGGAAGAAGCAAAUACCAGCUGGCUUGAGGCUUUCAGAAGUACAAAACAACCUAUAGGAGAAAAGAAACCCUAAAGAGGGGGACUCCAAAGAACAGCCCAGUGAGGUCUGAGCAGGCUCAGAGGCUAGAAGGUGCUGGCUGGCUGUUGGGGUGCGGAAUGGAGUAUUCUAGAAAGUGGCAUGGCUGAUGGGCUGGAGCCCAGAGCAGCAACUCUACAAACCGUGACAUUUUGUAGGUGGCGCCACUGAAGAGCAAGUGCUGGGUAGGGAUUAGAGUGGCCCAGCUUUAAAUUCCCACUCUGCCAUGAGGCUUAGUGCAUAAUACUGGCUCAGUCACCUAACCUACCUCCCAGGGUUACUGUGAGGAUGAAAUUUGGAGUGUGUGUACACCACCCUCUCAACACUUUUUGAGGAAGGGUAGGAUAAAAGCGUUAUAAAUUCUAAGCAGGUAUGAGCUUUGAGUGUAGAAGUAUCGACAUGCUUAUUAAAUGGUCUGAUCAGCAAGGCUAUUCCUGUUUGCAAGUGUGGUAUAAAUUAAGGUGACAAGGAUGUACCUCUUUGCCUGGCAUUUGAUGUGGUUUUUUAGUACCAUUUUAGUUUUUCAUUUAGUUUUUUAGUAGCGUUUUUAGUACUGUACUUUAAAUUGUGAUCUGACUUGGGACCUUAGGGUGAAGGCUGGGAAUAAAUCAAAUCAUUAAUACGUAAUGCAAAUACUUUAAAGAGCAAGAAUUGGUUUGUGUGUGUUUGCCUACUGCUUAUUAAGAAUUUGGUUUCCUUGUGCAGGAAGAAUAUCACCGGCGUAACUUCACAGAGGUUGUGUCUCCUAAUAUCUACAACAGUAAACUGUGGGAGGCUUCUGGCCACUGGCAGCACUACAGUGACAACAUGUUCUCUUUUGAGGCUGAGAAGGAAAUGUUUGCCCUUAAGCCAAUGAACUGCCCUGGACACUGGUUUGUGGUUCUUUUCAUUAUUACUCCCAAUUAUUUUGAACUAUUGGAAAUUUAUUUUAGUUUGGAUUAAAUAAAAAUAAGUCAUAAUGGGGGGGGGACAUGUGCAUUCAAGAGCAGGGGUGAGGCCCCUCCAAGUCUCUCUGGCUUUGGGACUCUUCCUCAGGCCACAGCCCUUCCUCAGCCACAUCUGCUACAGGCCCUGCUUCACACCCUGCUUGAGUGUUUUUUCCUGCCUGGAUUCGGCCCUUGAACUCUAAUAAACACUUUGGCUCCCCUGUAGGAUAGGUGUGUGUGUGCACACAUGCGCAGGAACUACUGUGCAAAUGUAACUUUUACAUAUUACUCUGGCCACACCCACCACUGUUAUGUGGCCCCCAGAAGGGAAUGUGACCCCUUGGGCUGAAAAUACUCUCCACCUCUGUUCAAGAAGAUCUCUUGCUGGGCCAAACUUCUAUGAGGGUGUGCCUUCUCGCUCUCCUGGCCCCUGUGCCCUCUUGCUUUCUUCUGCCUCCUUGCUAGCUGUCCCCCUUUCUAAUUCCCCCGCAUUACACCCAGAUCACCCUACACCCCCCCCUUUUCUGCUUGGCUGAGUGCACUUCAAGACAGGCUGUGGGUGAGGCUCCAGCUCUCCAGCAUCUUGGUUUUUUAGAGGGCCAAUUUCAACAAACCAGAUGUGCUAGCGGAAGCCAGUGCCAGGAUUCCCACUAGCACAACAGGGCUCCCCCCCCCCCCCGCAUACCUGUUACAGACUGGCUGGAUGCAGAGGGAUGGUGGGAGGUGCCAGCAGGGGAACCCCCAAGGGAAGAAGGUUCAAAGCCCGGAAAGGGGUGGUGGGACAAUGAUGGGUGGUCAGAGGGAGAAGACUGGGAGGAGGUGUUAGAAGCAGAAGAGGUAACAAGGCUUAGUGGGGGGGUUUGUGAGAAGAAGUCCAGAAUCUGAAGCUGGAGCUGGAGAGGAGGGAGGCCAAGGGAGGCCGAGAGGCAGAGAGGAGUCAGGCUGGUGAAGAGGCACGGGUGUCUCUCCCUUCUGCUACGACCAGCUCCUCUCCCCCCUAGUCUCCAAGAACCAGGAGAGGCAUGAAGAGGGUGGCAGAGAAGUUAGCUUCACGUAGGCGCUGUCUUAGAUUAAUUGGGGGAAACCCUGGAAGAGAGGGGACAGACAGCUCUGGGGAGGCAGGGACCUUCAGUCUCAGCAAUUGCUGCAUGGGGGCAAGACCUGCCAGUCUUGAAUUGCUGUGCUCAUCAGGCCUGACACUCCUAGGCAGAUCCUGUUUUUCCUAAUAAAGAGUUAACUCCAACUGGCUCAGUGUGAUUUACUGCUGGCUCCCUCUAGUCAGUACCCCUGCUUCUCCCCAGAUUUGCUGUGGAGUAGCGUUCGAAACUCCCCUUGUUGUAGGCGUGUUUUGUGAUGGAAUUUCAUUAAUUCGAGCAGUUUCUGAGCUUUGGGUACAGUAUUGAACCUAAGAUUUCAGAUUAAAACCACCACUGCUGGAAGAAAAGGAGGACCUUUUUCUGCCUCCCCACUUCUAGCCACUCUCUGAAGACUGAAGAAGGGACCCUCAUAAGAAUAUAGGGGGGGGCAUGGGAAGUAUGGCUUUGUUCUUUGCAGUCUUCAGAUGAGGACUAGACUAUGUAAUAAAUGAACAUAAGUUUUUAGCUGCAGUUCAUUCAUUUUCAGCUUUGUAUUCUUGUUAUAAAAAAGCACACCUUGAUACUCCAUUGUGGGGCCCAUAACUAGGUUUAAGGUGCCAUUUAGCUCCUAGCUUUCAUAUCUCUGUUUCUAGCACUGCUCUGGAGGAUUGGAAGAACCACCAAACCCCAGUGUACAGAGGGAGGAGAGGCAAACUUGUUUCAUCUGGCUAGCAGAUAUGCUCAUGCUGACAGAACAAUCCUGUUAGAGUGACAUUGAAUUCCACCCAGAUAAUGCAAGUGGGGCCCAGAGCCAUUCUUUGGGUAAUGGACGGCAGCAGGCUGCCAGAAGGUCACCAACCCUUUACUCGGAAGUAUCAUCAUAUCAACAUAUUCACUUCUGUAUUAAAACAGAAAUAGCGGCGGUGGACUUUUCUUCAGACCGGCCGUGUUGUUACAGGGGUUGACCUUUCAUUGGUGUGCCUUCCUCUCCCCCCCCCCCCCCGUAUUACUCUGCAAUGGAGAAAACAUACAUGCUCAAGGUUUAAUGACAGGUGGGCGCAGGAUUUAGGCGGGGGAAAUGGCACGGGGGAAGCAUUUUUUUUUAAAUCCCACCAAACCUCUCCCUUCACCACUAGGUCAGUCAAAUCUGGAGUCUUUACUCUUGCUUUACACACAAAAAGUCUUCUAGUGGAUUGUUUGGUUUAGCAACUGUAAUAAAAAAAUUAAAAAUGUCAGGAGAACUGACUGCAUAUCUCCAUAUUGUAGGUAUUUUGACUCUAUGGCAUGAAACCCACUGGGUGACCCUGAGACAAUCAGCAUCUCUUGGCUUGCCCUUCUCACAAGAUUAUUGUGAGGAUAAAAUGUGGGAAAACCCAUCUGGACAAAGGGCAGGACACAAAGGAGGCAUGUGAAUAAAUAGGUCAAGUAACCAUGCUUGGAUCUAAUAACUAUUUCAUGUCUCUAGCUUGAUGUUUGCCCAUCGUCCUCGGUCUUGGAGGGAGAUGCCUUUAAGACUUGCUGACUUUGGAGUUCUUCACCGAAAUGAGCUUUCAGGGACCCUAAGCGGGUUGACUCGGGUCAGGCGCUUCCAACAGGACGACGCCCAUAUCUUUUGCACAAUGGAGCAGGUAGUGCACUUAUGUUGGGGUUGCCACAGUAGAGGAAUGCCUUCACUGUUUUUUUAAUGAUAAAAGAGUUCAUGAUAAACUAGUCCCUGUGUGGUCUGAGUGCUAAAUAGACAGCAGCUGUUGUGAAAGGGCUUCCUAACCAAACCAAACCUGUGCAUGUUCUUGCUUGUUAGCAUGAGAAGGGACUAAAUCCACAGACUUUUAUCAGCCACAGGCUGAUAGGUAGACAUUCAGACCAUAGAACUACAAUUAGCAGAGAUGGCUCUGUGUGGUGUCAUUUCCCCUCCUUUGCUAGAGAGGAAGGAGCACGUAGUACUCCCUGUUCCACCCCUUUUCUUCCUUUGACCGGUGAUAGAUGCAGACAUGCCUCAGCUCACUCUAGCUCUAAAGUUGGUUAUGCACAUACCCAAAGCUAGCUGGUUAUACUGUAAAUAAAAGUGCCUGCAUAGUUUUAACUGCUGCCUUUGCUGUAAACCAGUGCAUACAAAGUAAGUAAAUAAUAUUUUUAAACUACUUUUACGAGUUGUAGCAUGAUACAUUCUUAAGCAGGGUAAAAAGGAGGAACCCUCCUUACUUCAUAGCUGAACUUGCUCAAAUCAAGGUUUUUCAGCCUAAUUCCUAUGCUUUUAAUUUUGCUGCCAAGGAUGGGGUUUUAAAACUCUGUUCAGCCCACACAUGUGGGCACCUGGAGGGAUAGAUUGCAAUUACUACAUCGUCUCCUACCCAUUAAAUCCCAUCCCACACACAUCUCCACUGUAAAUUUAUUUGCAUUUUAAAUUUCAGAUUGAAGAAGAGAUGAAAGGCUGCUUGAACUUCCUGCAGUCUGUAUAUGCUGUCUUCGGUUUUACCUUCCAACUACAUCUUUCCACAAGGCCCGUCAACUUUCUAGGGGAAAAGGAGAUCUGGGACCAGGCAGAGAGGGUAAUUUAAUUCUGCUACUCUAAAAAAGAGAACACAGCGACUUUGUGUGGCACCUUUAUUAUGCAGUUUCCAUAAGACGUCUCUCCCUCUGUGUGUGUGUGUGUGUGUGUGUGUGUGUGUGUGUGUUUACGUAUUUAUGAAUAUCUGAUGGAUACAUGAUCAUGGUGACUCGGAAAUGGCCGGAAAGGGGGGCAGAGACAGGGGUGAGGGACAUAACCCCUGCACAAAUUGGUCAAUGCCUCUCUCUCUCUCUCUCUCUCUCUCUCUCUCUCUCUCUGUGUGUGUGUGUGUGUGAAUGACCGACUAAUUUGUUUUGAACUGUUAAAUGGCUUUAACCUGCCUUGGGACCUUAUGGUAAAGGAGAGGUAAGAAAUAAGAAGUAGAAGCGGAAGCAGUCAUAGCAACAGUUCUUAUAUUUCUGACAUUUAAACUAGCAAGGAAGAGCAUGAGGACACAUGGAUCAGAGGAUGGUUAGAUGUUUUAAGCAUUGGUGUGCCAUGGGGGCUAAGCUGUAAGAAGUCUUAACUUCAGGUGAACCGCAAUCAGUACUAUCCGCUUCCCAUCUGCAAUAGGGGGAUAAUAAUACUAAUUUAUUUUGGAGGAUCGUUGUAAGGAAUACAACAAGAUAAUGUAAAUGAAGAACUGCUCUUCUGAUUUAUUCUUAGCAACUCCAGAACAGCCUGGAUGACUUGGGGGAGCCCUGGAAGCUAAAUCUGGGAGAUGGAGCAUUUUAUGGUCCCAAGGUUAGUAAAUAUUCAUGCUUUUGUACUCGUGCUCUUACUGAAGCCUACAGGUGGAGGAUAAAUGGCAAAGCCCAAACUAUAAUUUUGCCAUUGUUGUCCUUUGCAGAUUGAUAUUAACAUCAGAGAUGCUAUUGGUCGGUACCAUCAGUGUGCUACUAUCCAGCUUGACUUCCAGCUACCUAUCAGAUUUAAUCUUACUUAUGUGGGGUAAGUUUGCAUAAGAGUCUUUUAGGACUUGAGCUGAUCUGCUUAAAUAUGUAGAGCCUAAAACAAGGAAACAAGGGAUCAGAGGAGGCUGUAAAUGGACUUGGAGGUACUAGGUGACAAGCUGAAGAAAUGCUUAAAUGUCUGGAGCAUUGGUGUGGCAUAGUAACUGAGCACAGUAAGGGCUCAUCCACACUUCCGUUUGCCCCACUGCUUUCCCCCAGGAAAACCCAUGGUUUAGCGCUGAAUCAUGUUUUCCAGAGGUUGCUCUUUGUUCUGAUUUAUCACCAAAGUGCGGGUUUUCUGGGGGAAAGUGAUGGGGCCGAGGCACAGCCUUUCAGGCCCGUGGUUAGAAAGCACAGGACAAGGGCCCGUGUGGACGAGCUCAAAGUCUGAUUUGAGGUGAGCCACAUCAGCACUGACUACCACGUGUGCUAUAAGGAGAUAAAAUUGCUCUCUUAUUUCAGAGGAUUGUUGUAAGGAUUGCAACAAUCUGAAGUACAUAAAUAAAGACCUGUGAAUACCUUAAAGCAAUAUAAUAUGUACUAACAGUAAACUAAAUUAUCUGAGUGCCAAUCCUUCUUUUGCCAAAACAGAACUAAUCACGAACAAGGGAAGAGUUUUCAGCAGGCUCAAGAGAGCCUCAAGGUUUUCAGAAUAGAUUGGUGAUGCAAAGUGUUGUAUGAUCUGUCAGUGGGAUGCAACUUGUUGAAAUGGCACUCUUCCCAACUCCUUCCUUGUGAGAAGUUGUAAUUCAGUAAUGUAAUGUAAUUAGAAGCCAUGCCUUUUAAUGUGCUAGAAUUAACUCUGGUAAAAGAGCGGUGAAACCAGAUUCAAAUCAAGAUAAGCUUGUAUUAAUUUUUUCCACUUUUUAACUUCCAUUCUUUCACAGAAAAGAUGGAGAUGACAAGAAGAGGCCAGUGAUAAUCCAUAGAGCUAUUUUGGGCUCGGUGGAGCGAAUGAUUGCCAUUCUGGCAGAAAACUAUGGGGGAAAAUGGUGCGUAGCAGUAACUGGAAGCAGUUUUGAAAGUUGCAGAGAGUAGAAAGCACCCUGUGGUCUUGAACACAAAGUUUAAUUUUCGCAGAAAUACCAUUUUUAGAACAAUUUCAUCCUGUCACAAUGCGGCCUUUGCUACCCUGGUGCCCUCCAGAUGCUUUGUACUACAGCUCCCUCCCUUCCUGGAGUUGGUGGGAGUUGUAGUCUAACCCCCCAAGUGCCCGGCUGGGGAAGGCUUCCCUGCUGGAUGAUAGAGCAGAAGCUCCUGAGCAGCUUUUCAGCUACUCCAAACAUAAAACAGUAAGGCCCAAUGUUCCUAUGGUGUUAGCCAGCAGUAAAACAUCCAUCUGUGUGAGCAUCCCCCCCCCCCCCGGUGAAAUGCUUUUGUCACAGUGGAUGUUUGCACGCCAGCAGCACACUCUGCCAGAACACGGGCUGCUGGCAAGCGAGUGCUGCAUGAGCAUGGGUUGGCAUAGAGAGUAAGCAUUUUUUAUGCAAGAUGGUUGGGGGCGUAUAGACUACUUGCACAAGUAAUUACUUACCUGUGAUCUGCAUUUUAUAUAAAUUGAGUCUUAGAAACACACUACGAAGUUUGUAGUGCAAACAUGAGCACACGACACAAUAUGAACUUAACGUUUCCAUAAUGCAAAGUAUGUCUGCAUGUAUGUGUGUGACGUAUAAGCAACUGUGAUUAACGCUGUGUGGAAAAAAAAGUUUAUAAUAGCUGCAUAUUCACUGAGGUUCUUAUUUUGGCCAGGCCCUUUUGGCUUUCUCCUCGGCAGGUCAUGGUAGUUCCUGUCGGUCACACCUGUGAAGAAUAUGCUCAACAGGUAAGAGCAGAAGUGUCAACUGCACAACAACUGAAGUGUUUUGGUUUUAUUCAGGUAUAACAUAGGAAGCUGCCUUGUAUUUAAUCAAACCAUUAGUCCAUCUAGCUCAGUAUUCUCUACACUGGCUGGCAGCAGCUCUCCAGCCUUUCAGGCCUUCGUCUCUCCCAAUCUUAUCUGGAGAUGCUGGAAAUUGAAUCUGGGACUUUCUGCUUGCAAGGCAGAUCCUCUACUACUGAGCUUCUCAGCAUUUUGGCUAAGGUCAAGUGUAGUUAUAUAUAGUUAUAAAAUCCUGAAUUACUGUAAUUUUCAGCCGAGUUGUACCCUUUUUAAAAGUUGGUUCAGAUCUGCCAGAGUGUUCACUCUGCUAAACUUUAAUGACAUUUCCGAAGACUUGAAUAUGGCUUGGGAAUCUUUGGUGCUAGUAUUUUUAUCCCAUCUACUGUUUCCAGCCUCUCUGCUGUGCAAUUGUACUUUGUUUCCUACAUGUAUUUUGUUGUUGUUUUUGUUUUAAAUAGAAAUUUUUAAAGUAUAUUAUGUAAAGGAGAAAAUUGUUCACUGUUGUGAUGUUUAGAACUUCAGGAAUAGAGGCUGCAUGUAUACAACCCUCAGCAUGCUUCUGCCUUGAACUCUGUGGAAUUUCCUUCUGCCAGAGCAUGUGCUUUGCUUGCAGAAGGACCCCGGUUAAAUCAGCAGCAUCACUGUGUAGCUCUGGGAAAGACCCUUGUCUGGAGAGCUGUCGUUACUCUGGGUAGACAACACUGAGCUAGGUGGGUCAGUGGUCUGAGUCAGCAUAAGCCUGUAAGUAAUGUUACUUAGACCUAACUAAGCGUGUUACCCAGCAGCUGUUUUUAAACUGUGUUGCAAGGAACUCUGGGAUUCUUUGGGGGCUGAUGACCCUUCUGCACUGAGAUGUUUGAUCAUAAUGGCCAAGCUUCCCAGAAGGUCAGCUUCUUUGCCUUUAGAGCGUUUCCCUGCCAACGAACCACCACAGGGAGGCUUCUCAAAUGUACUCUCACUAGACCUAGACCAAUGAUGUGGCCCAACCUAACGUGGUAGGUGCCCUAUUUGAAUGGAGAGGGCCCAUUUAGAACACAUCCCCCAGAAAUAUACCUUGCAACGCAGGGGUUUUGUGGCAGACACACAGAGGUUUCUCAGUGUACAGAUUGCCGUGAAAAGGCUUCUCUAGCCUUGGAGCUUUGAAAAGUCUGCUUCUCAAGAUAUGUCGGAAUAUAUCAUUUGGCACAGAAAUGUUACCAAAUUGUAAAAUGUAACACAUUUUUACAUUGUCUUUUUUUUUUUUAGAUUUGCAGUGACUUUUUUGCAGCUGGAUUCAUGGCUGAUGUUGAUCUGGAUCAAAGCUGCACCUUAAACAAGAAGAUAAGAAACGCACAACUGGCUCAGUAUAAUUUUAUUUUUGGUAUCUAUGACUUUUCGUUCAUCAUUCUUGCCUCCCACCUUACUCAGAAUGAAAAACCCAAUAUGGUUGACACAAGUAGAGAAUGUUGUUCUUGUUGGGUAGAGGGAAAAGUUCUGUCCCUCAUUUACUGCCAGUUUCAGGGUAGCUUGUCCCAGUUUUCAUGUUUGGAUAACAUACUAAGUCUUAAUAGGUUCAGGGGCUAUUUAGCUCUUUGAAUCAUUGAAUCAUAGAGUUGGAAGAGACCACAAGGGCCAUCGAGUCCAACCCCCUGCCAAGCAGGAAACACCAUCAGAGCACUCCUGACAUAUGGUUGUCAAGCCUCUGCUUAAAGACCUCCAAAGAAGGAGACUCCACCACACUCCUUGGCAGCAAAUUCCACUGUCGAACAGCUCUUACUGUCAGGAAGUUCUUCCUCUUCUCUGACUUCAUUGGGCUACUUAAUAGUUUAUUUGCAAGGUGCACUUCUAAACAUAUAAGAGCAAAGCACAUAGCCUAGGGAAAAACUGCACUAACAAAUGCUUCUUGAAUCUGAAUGUUUUCUUGUGAAUUUAGCUUUCCUUUUUUUGGUCAGAGAUUUUAAUUAAAGAGUUUGGAUUUGAUAUCCCGCCUUUCACUCCCUUUAAGGAGUCUCAAAGCGGCUAACAGUCUCCUUUCCCUUCCUCCCCCACAACAAACACUCUGUGAGGGGAGUGGGGCUGAGAGACUUCCAAGAUGUGUGACUGGCCCAAGGUCACCCAGCAGCUGCAUGUGGAGGAGCGGAGACGCGAACCCGGUUCCCCAGAUUACAAGACUACCGCUCUUAACCACUACACCACACUGGCACAGAAACAUGUAAAUUUGUAGGAAAACAGUGGCUUUACUAAUUUUUUCUCCAAAGUAAGUACUGGCCAGUAGAAACCACUAUUGGCUGUAAGUUCUCUGAGUUUAGUAGCUUGAUAUAAGAACUUGCUAGGCAUUUGUUGAGCUCCAGUGGUGAUAUAGAAUGUUCAUAACAAUUGAACCAUUGAGCAGCGUAACAGUCUGUCAGUGCACAAGGCCUUUGUUGAUUGGCGAGAGUAGAAAAGGGAGACCAUAGCAUCAUCACAAUAGAAGGCAGCACACACUGUGUGUAUAAAUUAUAUAUGUUUGAGAGAGAAGUACAUGAAUUGAUAGUUCAUGUGAGUAAAUAAAUUAUAGCCACAGGAUAUAUUCUGAAAAAGUACAUCUGUGGAUUUUCAUGGGCCUCAUAAAUCUUAGUGUGAGCCACAGCAUUGCUCAGAAAUUACCCUACUGAAUCCAGUAGGACAUCUUAUUGAGUAAGUGUGUAGCAUUGUCGCAGUACAAGGCAUUGUGGCUGUGUGCCAAGUAACAUUGCUCUGCGUUGUUUCUUGCAGUGGUUGGAGAAAAGGAGAAAACUAAUAAUGCUGUGAAUGUGCGAACAAGAGACAACAAGGUCCAUGGAGAAGUUUCAGUCACAUCUGCCAUUGAAAAGCUAAAGGCAUUGAAAGCAUCACACACUUUACAUGCAGAAGAGGAAUUCUAGUUAUUGCUAAUGGAGAGUGUACUGAAAGGUGAAAUAUUGGCUCUAUCAUAAAUGUGUUCACCUUGAAUUUAGCUCCACUAUGCUUGGUGGGCUUUACUUCCUGGCAAGUACAUUUAGGACUGCAGCCCUCCAUCAAGGCAGUAGUUUGAUGCUAUAGUACAUCAUGACAUUCAGAAAACUAAACAUGUAGGUGAUGCAGGUUCUUUUGAAACAAUUUCCAGAUGGGUAGCAAAGACAACCAAGAGGCUUGUGUUACCUUAAAGACUUAGGGUUGUGUUCAGGGUUAGUCUUACAGGAAGGAAGAAUCAUGUGAUGGGAGCAGGCAAAGACAACUUCAGAGCCUUCUCCACAGUUUACAUUUUAUAUUAUUUGUUUUAGUGCUUUAAAAUUGUAAACUGACAAAAAGACAGUAUAUAAAUGCUGUAAAUACUCAUAGUAGAUGCAGUGAAAAUGAUGGACAAACUAACAGGCCAAUUAAUUUCAAGGGGUCUCCUCUGUAUAUAAUUUAGUUGAAUGCAUCCCUAACAAUUUUAUUUAUUUAUUUAUUAUGGCAUAAGUUGAACCAUAACUCAACACCUGUUACUCAGGUUAUCAGCUUCUUGCAUCUGCAGAAGUUGAUAGUAGUCCAUGAAAGUUUAUAGCAUAAUAAAUUUGUUAGUCUUUAAGGUGACACAAAACUCCUUGAAGCUGUUGUAUAAACUGCAAAAAGAAGAAGCAUUAUUAGAUACCACAGGCAUCUUGCUUUAAAAAAACACUUCAAAAUUACACAGCAAAUCUCCCUUUCAUAGAAUGAAAGGCCUGGGGAGGUUCAUACAGAAGUUCUGUUACUGCUACUGCUUUCUGAGGAGAGUAACAUAUCCUCAAAAUGCAACUUUUUGUGAGCUAGUGUGCAAGUUAUUUUGAGCCUGUCUGAGCAAUCUUAUUUGUGGCAACCUCACCUGUUCAUAUUAGAUUCUCUCAUCAAUAUGUUGGAGUUGCCUUUAUGUUUAGAGGUCAUGUUGCAAAAUAAUAGCGUCUGGGUUGAAAGGAAAAGACUCCAUGAUGCAUCAGUCAAGUGAAGAGUGACUCCCAAGUGUGGAACUCGAAUAGCCUUUCACUGGUGUCAAGUUCUACAUUGUGCCGAGAACUGGCUUAUAUGUAAGGUUAUGCUACAGUUCUGUGUAGCACAAAUGGGAGAUCUCCAUAUUUACGUAGCAUUGUCGCUUUGCGGGUACAAACCAUCAGGAAGUCCUGCUGGAGCCUCAUUGAAACGGAACAGGUUGUUUGGUCCAUUUCAUUGGGUGUGCACCUUCCUGAUGGAUUGAGCCUUAUAACGUGUUCUUAUUUUUUAAAAAGCAAACUCUGACAAAUUAGAGUUGCUUCCCCCACUUUAGAGCAAUGAAUAAGCCCACAUAGAAGCUUUUGAAUAAAAUUACAUUAUAAUCAGCAUGAGUUGCCUCUUUUUUCUGUAAGUAACUUUCUUAUUUGAAAUAAUGCAUUCAAGUCAGAAUUAUCAC